AUGACAUGUGUUAGAGGACGAUAUCGUGCAGGACGCAGUGAUUCUAGACCUAACUCGUCUGGGUCUACUGCUGCUUCCACCUCAUCUACUACAGCACCACAUAUUUCGGGGGAUAUUUCACUAGCCUCCCUCCCAUCAGCAUCUCAUGUUGCUGCCCCUGCAGUUGCUUCUUCACCGACCCUUCCUGCAGAGUCACCAGUACAUCCAUCAUCUCAUUCGACUGCCAGUCAUUUUACAUCCGAACCAUUACAUGUUAUAGAGAGCAUCUUUUGUCGUACAAUAAAUAUCUCCCAUAUUAUAUCGACAAUCUUCAAGAAACGUCUUCAUAAGGAAGGUCAUGUUUGGAAAGAAGUGCCUUCGGAGACAAAGGGCUUGUAUUGGGAUGAAUUUGCGAAAAUUUUUCAGUGGGAUCCUGCAAUUGAUGCAUUAGUGAGAAGAGAGUGGGCACAAAAAGCAGCGAAACGAUAUAUCGACAACAUUCGUAAGUGGCAUGGCAAUGGAAAAUCGAUCUUUGUGCUAGAUGAUGUUUGGGAAAGCUGGAUGCAGAAAUGGGAACAAGAUGAAGCUUUCAAGAAACGGUCUGCACAAGCAUCGCUGAACCGUUUGAGUGAGACAGGUGGCCUUGGGGCUGGUCCUCCCGCCAUACUGGGGGUUCUAUAUUUUCAGCAGAGCAUAAAAGACGAAUGGUGA